UGGUGUCCAUCACAUUCUGAAUCGACAGAAACACACACACACACACACACACACACACACACACACACACACAUACACAUACACAGAACCCUUCUCUUUAUCCAUUACUUUCUCUCUUGCCGUCGUAUUGUCUCCCAUUUGUCAUGGAUUUGGUGGAGAAGUUUUUCUUAGUCUGCUUACUGAUUUUUUUUGCCGCCAUUCAUGAAACUCGCGGCGAUGCCAUGGUUACUGGCACUGUCUUCUGUGACCAAUGCAAGGACGGUGAGAGGUCCCUCUUUGAUUAUCCCCUUUACGGAGUAAAAGUGAAAGUGAACUGUGCCGACAGAAAUGGGCAAAUCACAAUGUCAAGGGAAGAGACUACAAAUUGGUUUGGGAACUAUGCCAUGAAGUUUGAUGGCACACCUGACCUGAGCAAUUGCUAUGCUCAAGUUUCGAGCACUGGCCAAGGCUCAUCAGACUGCACAGCUGCUGCUGGAUCAGCCCAACAACUUAGGCUUAUGUUUAGGAUGUUUGACAUGGAGAUGUAUGCUGUGGAUUCUUUACUCUCUGAGCCUGCCAACCCAAUGUCAUUCUGCCCCAGGUCUACCAAUCCUGUACCAGCACCUGUUACACCAGUAACACCAUCAAAUCCACCUCCUGUGCAGGUACCGGUAACACCUGUAUCGCCUACUCCGCGUGUUAGAGUUCCUCCUGUGCCUCAGUUGCCUCCAUUGCCACCCCUGCCUUCAUUGCCUCCAAUGCCACCUAUGCCAUUUUUGGAAGCUUCAGCUUGUACACAUGAGAAUUGGACAACCCCAGAAUACAAAUGCUACUGGAGGGCAGUGAACCCGGACAGCAAAGUAGCUCUUGCCUUCGGGUUAUACGCAGCAAGGAGAUAUGGAAACGACAUGACGUUGUGGCAAGGCUUGCAAGGCAGAGGAGAUCCCUACAGAACUCUUCUUAGGGAGGGUAUUACUGCUUAUCUCAACUCCUUCAACAGCCUACAAUUUCCUUACCACACAGUAGGCGUGGUCCAACACAUGAAUUGGGCGUUGAUGGGCUCCCCAAGUAGUGUCCUUCUCACAGCCUUGCGGUUCAAGAGGGCUAAUUCUGGUUCUACUUCUAAUGGGCUUGUCACAUGCAAAUUUACACCUUGCAAGUGAAAUUAAUUUCUUGUAGUUUGAUUAUGACACACAUCAGUAUGUGUGAAACUUGCUUUUUAUUAGUAUCAUUUACUAAUGUGUACUUUACACACACAUAUCUUAUUCCAUUUGCUAGUACGUUUUAGUGUCAUUGGUUUGGAAGGAGAAUAAAACAUUAGAGAUUUUAUGGUUA